AUGCAUUUACCUCUUACCGCUGCACUGACCGCGAUGAGCGCAUUAAGAAGCGCGCUCGUCGACAGCAUACACCCAUCCUCGUCAACCUCAAUAUCCUUCUUACAGCCCCGACAAGAUGCUGCCGCUCCCCCUCCCCCCUCUACGAGUAUCGUAAUUAUCAUUUCGAGGGUAACGGUAACAUCCUCUGCCAUCCCCACAUCGAUCGUAAACCCCAACCCGCAACCGAGUGAAACUUCCAAUACGCUAUCGUCAGAAUCGGCAACAUUUACACGCUCAAGACCCAACUCGAGCACCGAACCGGCGGAAGCGACUGACUCUAAGACGAAGACAGAUACGCAAAUCACAAGCUCAGCUUCGAAAGAGCCAUCUACCACACCAUCCACGCCCUUGCGUCGUGGAGUGAACGUGUGUAACUGCUUUGGCUUUGGCGGGAGUCGUCGCAAGUACCAGGACACACCACUCCCUGAGCGCCCGGUGGAGUUUCAAACCGGACAGGUGUAUGAUAAGCCGCUUCCGGAGAGACCGCAGAUGUGGUAUCCGAUGAGUGGGAUUGGGGCGGCGCCGAGGAUGGAUGGAGGGGAUGGGGAAAGGGGAGGAGCAUCGAUAUUGAGAGGGACAUACGUCCAAAUAGAUGUGGCUGUCAAGACAACGACUCAACCAGCAUCUUCCGCAUUCGCAGUACACCGUGACACAGCACUGUGA